UUCUCAAGUAAACUCCGAAGUCUUUAACUAUUAAUGUCUUCCACUUCUCCGUAUCUUCGAUCGGUGUUCACGUCUACUUGCCUUGUAGUCUCUGAUGAUACACCAGGCCAAGCAUCAGCCUGCUGUUGUCCGUCGAGUUUUUCCUCAUGGAUUCCCGUGCUUUCUUGCUCCUUUUGUCUAUAGUUAUUCAUAUUUCUUCUUUACUGUCUGAUUCUUCCUUGAAGGAAGGCUCUUCUCUCUCUGUCAAUGACGUUCUGGAAUCACCAACCGGAGUUUUCUCCGCCGGAUUUUAUCCUGUCGGGGACAACGCUUACUGUUUCGCUAUAUGGUUCACAGAACCAUCAUGCAGUAGAGAUCAUGAUUGCACCACUGUUUGGAUGGCCAAUCGCGAUUUUCCAGUUAAUGGCAUUCGCUCAAAGCUCUGGCUGCAAAAAACCGGUAAUCUUGUCUUAACUGAUGCUGGUAAGUACAUUGCCUGGUCUACAGACACUGUUUCCCCCUCCUCCACAGAUCUGAUCCUCUAUGACACCGGUAAUCUUGUUCUGCAAAAUGUGGAGGGUGUUAUUCUCUGGCAAAGCUUCGAUUCACCUACCAAUACCCUUCUUCCUUCGCAACGAUUUACCAAAGAUAUGCAACUUGUCUCAUCAAGAUCCCGAACAAACUUUUCCUCUGGUUUCUACAAGCUAUUUUUCAACAACGAUAAUCUUCUUCGUCUUCUGUAUGAUGAUUCAAAGGUUACAAGUAUUUACUGGCCAACCCCAUGGCUUGUAAGCUUUGCGACUAAGAGAUUCCCCUAUAACAGCAGUAGACUUGCCUGUCUUGAUACUUUGGGCAAGUUUACUUCUUCUGAUAAUUUCUCGUUUGUAUCAGCAGAUUACGGAGUGAGACUUCAGCGAAGACUGACAAUUGACUUCGAUGGUAAUCUUCGAUUAUAUAGCCGAAAAAAGGAUAAUAAUGCAACUUGGGUGGUUUCAUGGCAAGCCUUGUCUCAAUCAUGCGAGAUUCAUGGAGCUUGUGGACCUUACAGCAUAUGCAGCCAUAAUCCAAUUUCUGGUAGAAGAUGUUCCUGUCUUCCAGGUUAUCAGGUAAAGAAUGCUAAUGAUUGGUCUUCUGGUUGCGAACCCAAAUUCAGCAUCUCCUGUGACAAUGACACGGAUCAGGCUCGUUUCAUUAGACUCCCUCGGGUAGAAUUUUAUGGCUAUGACUAUAAAGUCUAUCCCGGUUACACGUUGGACAUGUGCAGAAAAUUAUGUUUGAGUUCGUGUGGUUGCAAAGGUUUUCAGUACAGGUAUGUCGGAGAUGGUCUGUGGCCUCAAAUUUCCUUGCUGAACAAUAUGAAAACAACUGUUAUUCCUACUCUCUGCUUUCCCAAGAUGUUAUUGCUUAACGGGCAACGUUCACCCAAUUUAGAUGGACAGUUCUAUCUUAAGGUUCCUAGAACCAGUCUCUUCUCUGACAAAGAUGAUUAUUCUGGAUUUGGGUUAAAUUGCUCUAUUGAACUUCUCAGGCCACCGGACAGAGCAUACCCAAAAAGUUCUCAGAAUGACAAGUCGCAGUUGAUGCUAUGGUUUGCCUGUGCAUUAGGAGCAGUGGAGAUAAUUGGGAUUCUUUUGGUUUGGUGUUUCUUGUUCAGCUCCGAGAAGGACUUGAAUGAAGCUUCUCAAGGCUACCUCCAUCCUGCAAUCACUGGAUUUAAAAGAUUCACCUAUUCUGAAUUGAAAAAAGCAACAGGAAAUUUCAGAGUGGAAAUUGGAAGAGGAGCAGGAGGAACUGUGUACAAAGGAACACUGCCUGACAAUCGGAUUGCCGCAAUCAAACGACUUAAUAUUGCUAACCAAGGAGAAGCUGAAUUCCUAACAGAAGUAAGCACCAUUGGGAAGAUUAAUCACAUGAACUUGAUAGAGAUGUGGGGCUAUUGUGCAGAAAGAAAGCACAGGCUUUUAGUUUAUGAGUACAUGGAGCAUGGGUCCUUAGCAGAAAAACUCUCCUCUAGAGCAGUUGAUUGGCGAAAGAGAUUCCAUAUUGCUCUGGGCACAGCAAAGGGGCUUGCAUAUUUACAUGAAGAAUGCUUGGAAUGGGUUCUACACUGUGAUGUAAAGCCUCAAAACAUACUCUUGGACUCUAAUUACCAGCCAAAGGUGUCAGAUUUUGGCUUAGCAAAAUUACGAAACAGAUUAGGUGAUGACCUGAAGUACUCGAGAUUCUCAAGAAUAAGAGGAACUAGAGGGUACAUGGCUCCAGAGUGGGUUUUCAAUCUACCCAUCACAUCAAAAGUGGAUGUUUACAGCUAUGGGAUUGUGAUGCUGGAGAUGGUGACUGGGAAGAGUCCAGCAAUGGGAGGAACCAGCAAUAGUGGAGAGGGGAAAGAGCUGGAGAGAGGAUUGGUGACAUGGGUGAGGCAGAAUAAGAAAAAUGGAGGAGAGUCAUGGAUUGAAGAGAUUGUAGACCCAAUACUGGAAGGAGACUACGAUGAGGGUGAGAUGGAAAUUCUGGUAAUGUUGGCUCUGCAAUGUGUAGAAGAAGACAAAGAUGCAAGGCCCACCAUGAGCAAAGUAGUUGAGAUCCUUCUGCACCGGAAACAGUAUCUCUAGCUAGUCAAAAGUUAUAGGCUAAACCAAACUUUUUCUUCCUUUUUUUUUCAAAUUCCCAAUUAGUGGAAUUAUCGACCACCAAUUUGGCUUUAUAUAAAUCGCUCACUACUUUACCAUUUUAA